AUGUACGAGAUAUCAAUUAUCCCAGCUAUACCUACGCCACCACAAGCUACUUCAUGGAACCAUUGUGUGUCGACCCAUCAACCAUCUACCCCUUGGGGCCAAGCAUACCCAUCAUCACCUAUUCCAUUAACUGGGGCGGCUCCCCAAUCCCACCGAAAAAGAAGUCUCUACCAUCUCCCAUCUUUGGAAGUUCAGACCUGGGAGUCACCGGAUGUUCACAGAUUUCUGAGCAGAUGUGUCCCUCCCAUGACCCACUUGCUCAGCAAAUUUGUGAAUGACCUCGAGAUCAAAGACCUGAAGUGUCUGUGGACACUGAAAAGGUGGCCAGCCCAAACACUACGGAAGUAUUUCCUCAAUUUGACGAGGGGGAAGAAAUUAAUAGGCAUAGAGGCAGAGACCGACGGUGGGAGGCUCAUGGAUGGAUUUGAGGCCGGUCUCCAAUGCCCACUGCCGAGAUCCGUCAUACCCUCUCUCUCCACAACGAUACGGAACGACCUUGAGAACACAGAUAACCUAGAAUGUCAACAUCACAGGCAUGUCACAUAUACACACCACGUAUUCGACUCAAGUUCUGAUGGCGAUCAACAGGACGGUGUGUGGAAAUCAAAAGAACAGGCUGAAGAAGCCCGAUACAUACACGAGAAGGAACAGGCACAGCUAGCCACUAUACGAGACGAGCUAUCGAAGAAUAAGGAGAGCGACGCCUCGACCACUACUAGUAAGGUGGAUCAUGACUUCGAGGGAGGAUUUGGGGGUCAAGAAGAUCUUGAGGAUCGGUAUGCUACCACCAGUGGGGAGCAUUGA